GAUCUUGAGUAGUAUUGAGCGAAUACAGCUGUUGAUGAAGGUCUGUAGUUUGUUUGAGGUGCUCUUUAUGACGUGCUGGCCAAGUCUGCGAUCUGUAUAGUAGCACUGAUUUCACAUCAGUACUCCUUAUUAUAACUAUUAUUACUAGAUUGUACUGUUCAAUUGUCGGAAUCCUUUAACUGUUAAUUAAUCUUUACAUUUUGGUAUAUUUUCUUUCCGUUUAGGCAUCAUAAUUUUAAUCAUACUGAUGGAGAAUCAGUCUAUUCAUAUUUUAGUCAACAAGAUAUGACUCAACCGGCUGGACAUCAACAUUUAAAUCCUUUACCAGAAGAAAAUCAAAUGAAUCAAGGUGAUAAUGCUCCGGGUUAUGUGGACUCUGGGAUUCAAACUGCUGAUAUUAAUGGUGGUGGUGGCACAGCAACAGAUGCUGGUGGUAGUCCAGGAGCAGGUGGUGGUGGUAGUCAUCGACAUCAUCGUCGUAGAAGACGUAAACAAUCACAGCAACAACAGCAACAAGAACGUCAAACUGGAGAUAUGUCUGGUGGUGGUGGAUCUGAAGCAAUUCAUGACUCUAAUAUACAGGAUAAUGGUGGUGGUGCCGGCGGUGGUGGUAUGGAGCGUCUACAGAAUCAAUCUCAAUCGAUUCGAGACUCUCAAAUGGAUUUAGGGCUUCAAAAACGACAGCACGCUUUAUCCUCACCUGGACCAUAUUCAGAUACAGAUCCUAUGUUAUCUGGUCAAUCAAAUAUACCUGGCUUGCAUUCAUAUCCACAUAAUGCCAAUGGGUCAAUGGAACCUCCACCGAUGUCAAGAUAUAUUCGUUAUGAUUCACCUCAACGUGCUCCAUCCGUAUUGGCUGUUGCAGCUAUGGCAUUCGCCUCGAAUAUGAAUAAUAAUCCAGAUCAUAAUUCAAUGACCCCUUAUCAACAGCAUCAUUUUAAUCCUGAUUCACUUUCACGACAUAUUGGAGGUGGAAAUGGCCCCAGUGGUGGCAAUUAUCAUCCAACAACCGGUUCUGGUUCUGGUACAGGCUUAUUAGUUGGUCCACCGCCACGUAUACGUGAUUAUUCUGAAUAUGGUAUUCCUCGAGGGAUUGGUCUACCGCCAACACCAACCGUUGGCGCUGGUGGUGGGGGUGGUCAACCUCAGUCAUUACCACAGCAUAAUGUUUUAAUGUCAUCACCACCACUACCACCAUCGGGAGGAGCAGCAGCAGCGGUACCUUCUGGUGUCGGAGGAAGUAUGUAUUAUGAUGGUGGUGGUGGUCAUUAUCAUCGUGAAGGACAAGCAUAGAGAGAGAAAAAAAAGAAGAAGGUUAAGAAGAUGUUUACUUCUCACCCGCACCAUCCCCCGCGACCCUCGCGAAUUUAUAUAUACACACAUAAAAACAAUCAUUUGUUGGCUUGUGUUUUUCUGCCUUGUUGGACGAAAUUACUUAUUACUGUUAUCAUUACUUGAUUACACCAACAGUCUCUAUCGACAGUGUGAGUAGACACACUUCAAAUUAUAACUCUUACUCACACACACACAUGCACACAUGCAACGAAAGAGACAUACGGACAUACAUGAACCGAAAGUAGUUUAUUCAAAAUUUAUGCUUUGCAUCCUACCAUCUGUUGACGGAAUUGGCGGGAAACCAUUUUUAUCUGUCCCAUGUACUAUUUAUUGUAUUCCAACAGUAUGAGGCCUACCAAUUAACCAUACAUGACCCCUCAUUCACUUACUCAAUCAAUCACACACAUCCAAUAUGCCUUCCAUUUUGUGCAUACUUUUUAUCCUUUAUGAGAAGGAUUGUGUUUGUGUGUGUGUGUGUACCUUUCCUCUUGUGUAUGUAUGUAGGUGUGCGUGUGUGGGCGUUCUAGUAAAGUAUUCGAAUUAAUGCAUGCAUUUUUUAAAUUAAAUUAAACGCUUAUACAUAUAUAUGUGUGUUUGUUGAUCGGUGUCUUGUUGUAAACUAGGUCAUAUUACAACAUAAUAUAUUCUAUUUAAUUUAUUUGUUUUUUGUUUAUCAACUUUUCCAUUUUUUUAUUUUUGAAAAUUGUUUUCCAAAUUGUUUGUUUUGUUUAUUGUUGUUUCUUCGUCCCCCUGCCCCUCUUUCUCUCUCUCUCUCUUUGUCGUGUUUCUUUUUUUUGUUUUUGUUUUGCUCUAUCCCCCUUCUACUCUAUUGUAGAUGUGACAAUCACAGUUGUCUGUGAAAAAAUCGAUCUCAUUCAUACAUAUAAAUAUAGAAGUGUAUACUCCUGUCUCCCCCCACCCUUUGACGCCUUUUAACUUUUCCUUAUUGUUAUGUAAUCAAUCAACUAAUCAAUCAAUGGAUUAAUCAGUAAAUUGAUGGGUUAGUUUAUUGAUUGGUUGGUUGGUGGGGGAGGAGAUCCAAGAACCAAACUAUCAAUUGAUAAAAUUGCUUGAUAUGUAAUUAUCGAUCUCAAAUGUUCAUGGAGUGGAGGAGGAAUUCACAUGAAUUUACAUCUUCACUAGGCAUUUUUUUUUGUUAUCGUCAAUGUCUUACCUACCUACCUACCUACCUGCCUUUAUGUGUGCUUUUGUGUGUGAACUUUACAAGAGAGGGAGAGUUGGUAAAGCAAACUCAAAUUUUUCUUACCGCCUGGAUCACUAUUAUUAUUACUACUACUAUUAAUUAUUGAUUUUUGACGAUUUCUAAUAAUGUACAGUUAGCAUUUGUUUGUAUUUUUUGCGGCUUUUUAGUUUCCCAUCGCCUCCACGAACACAUGCAUGAAUGUACCAACAGAUGAGUGAUAGCACACACCUGACCGUUGAGAUGUGUGAGGGAGAGGGUGGUUGGGAGCGGUUACGUAAUGUGAUUAACCACUGUUAUUGAUUGAUUUAUUACUGUUAUUAUUAUUAUUGUUAUUACUUAUUGUUAAUAAUAUUAUUUUGUUUUUUUUGUCUUUGUUAUGUAACAUUGAUGAUGCAUGUACCAACACCGUCAUCGUUUACUAUUUGUUCCGUUUGUAUUCACAGUCUCUUUACCCCGGUUGUUAUUUAUUAUUUUAUUGUUCUGUCUGGUCUCUCCUACCCUCUUCUCUACGGCGACUAGUCUCUCUGUGGUUGACUUUUAUAUUCCUUAAACAGUCGAUUUUUUUUAAUUUAUUUAUGGAACCAUUGUGCUUGUGUUGUUGUGUGUCUCUGUGUGUGCUUUGCUUCCGUGUACAGAUUUACUCUGUGUGUGUGUGUAUUUCUGGCUGAAUGUGUGUAAAAUUCUGCUGUAUAUACAUGCAGAUAUCUACAUAAUUAUGAUGUAAUUAUAUUAGAAAUGUCUUUUGUUUUGUUCUCUUUUUUCUCUAACCUUAAUCUGCCUUAUUUUUAAUUCGCCAAUCUGAAUACUAAUCACUACCACCGCUACUGCUGUCACGCACACACACACACACACGCAGACAAACACGAGCGAAACAGACAUGUACACAAUCUUUAUAUUGCCUUCCUUUCAUUUUGCUCUUUUUUCUUUUCUGUGUGUCUUAUGUUGUUUUUUGUUUUUCUCUUCGUGUACAUGGGAUGGUGGUUAUGGCGACGACGGGUGUGUGGUGAUGAUGAUGAUGAGAAACGGGUGGUGGUAGUGAAAAUACCGGUUUGUGUGUCUGUUCCUUUAGCGCAUUUCUCCCCUCCCUCAUCACCCCCCCUUUUUGUUUUAUUGUACUAAUAUUAUACAUGGCUUUCAUGGAGAAUAAAGGCGAUUUGUUACAUACAUAACUAGGAUGAUGAUGGUGAUGGCGAUCGCCGCCACUGCCACUGUUCUCGUUGUUCUUGUUGUUAUUAUGUAACGUUGGUGUUUUGUUCUACUGUUCUGAUCUUUUGUUGCUAUUUUGCUCGGUCUCUUGAUCAGCGUCUCUUCAUCGCAUUGCGUUUUGUGUCUAUACCAUAUACACAAUUAGACACUUUUGAGCAUUUUUAAUUUGUGUAUUUUAUCGCCUCCCCUCCCAUCUCCCCUCUCCGUCUCAUCCCCACCCACACCUACGCUACGCUGAUAUUGUUCCAUCGAGGUUUAUUCCUCCUCUCUUUUAUUAUAUUGAGCAUUACUUCCACUCCGACGAAGAGUAGGAGAAACAUUGACGACGGUAUCCAGCGAUUAAUUACACACACAAUCAACGUUACUAAAUAUUGACAUAUUAUAGUAUUAUUAUUAUUAUUUUUAGUAAUAACGAUAAUCAUAUAAUAUGUGAAUGUAUUUUAUCUUUGUUUGAAGUGCUUUUUAAUGAUGUUUCAUUAUUAUUAUUAUUAAUAAUAUUAUUAUUAUUACUACCAUUACUACUAAUAUUACUUACUGUGUAAAAUAAUCUUUAAUUAUUAUAUACACGACAAUAAAUUAAUUAAUCUAUUAAUGAG